CAAAGGCGCAGACCCGAAGUUUGUUGUUGUGACGGGCGUCCCGGCCUCCUGCGGCUCGGAGGAGACCCGGCCGCGGCACCAUGGUGGUGCGACAGGCUCUGGGCCGGGGCCUGCAGCUAGGCCGAGCGCUGCUGCUGCGCUUCACAGCCAAGCCUGGCCCGACCUAUGCCUGGGGGCGGCCCGAACGCCCGGGCCCAGCGGCGGGCUGGGGCCGCGGAGAGCGCCCUGGCCCUGCCGCGGGACCCGGAGCGGAGCCGCGCAGGCUCGCGCUGGGGCUCCCCGGCCGCUACCGCUUCUUCCGCCAGUCAGUGGCCGGGCUGGCGGCGCGGCUCCAGCGACAGUUCGUAGUGCGGGCCCGGGGCGGCGCGGGCCCUUGCGGCCGGGCUGUCUUUCUGGCCUUCGGGCUGGGGCUGGGCCUCAUCGAGGAGAAGCAAGCGGAGGGUCGGCGGGCAGCCUCCGCCUGUCAUGAGAUCCAGGCCAUUUUCACCCAGAAAAACAAGCUGCCACCUGACCCGUUGGACACUAGACGCUGGCAGGGCUUCCAGCUGGAGGAGUAUCUGAUCGGGCAGUCCAUCGGCCAGGGCUGCAGCGCCGCUGUGUAUGAGGCCACCAUGCCUGUGUGGCCCCAGAACCUGGAGGCGGCGAAGAGCACCAGGCUUCUUCCCGGGAGAGGCCCAGAGAUCAUUCCCCGGGGGGAAGAGGAGGCACGGGCUCCGCGGGCCUGCGCCUUUCCCUUGGCCAUCAAGAUGAUGUGGAACAUCUCGGCGGGCUCGUCCAGUGAAGCCAUCCUCAGUACAAUGAGCCAGGAGCUCGUCCCAGCCAGUCGGGUGGCCUUGGCCGGGGAGUAUGGAGCAGUCCCUCACAGAAAAUCCAGGAGCGGUCCCAAGCAGCUGGCCCCUCACCCCAACAUCAUCCGGGUCUUCCGUGCCUUCACCUCGUCUGUGCCGCUGUUGCCAGGGGCUCUGGUGGACUACCCCGAUGUGCUGCCCCCACGUCUUCACCCUGAAGGCCUGGGCCACGGGCGGACACUCUUCCUCGUCAUGAAGAACUACCCCUGUACGCUGCGCCAGUACCUUCGCGGGAACACCCCAAGCCCCCGCCUCGCCACUGUGAUGACGCUGCAGCUCCUGGAAGGGGUGGAUCACCUGGUCCAGCAGGGCGUCGCUCACAGAGACCUGAAGUCUGACAACAUCCUCGUGGAGCUGGAUGCGGACGGCUGCCCCUGGUUGGUGAUCACAGACUUCGGCUGCUGCCUGGCCGAUGAGCGCGUGGGCCUGCAGCUGCCUUUCACCAGCUGGUACGUGGACCGAGGCGGAAACGGCUGCCUGAUGGCUCCUGAGGUGUCCACGGCCUGCCCUGGCCCCAGGGCAGUGAUUGACUACAGCAAGGCUGACGCCUGGGCGGUGGGAGCGCUCGCCUACGAAAUCUUCGGGCUCUCCAACCCCUUUUACGGCCAAGGCAGGGCCCACCUUGAAAGCCGCAGUUACCAAGAAGCUCAGCUUCCAGCACUGCCCGAAUCGGUGCCUCUAGACGUGAGACAGCUGGUGAGGUCGCUGCUCCAGCGAGAUGCCAGCAAGAGGCCAUCCGCCCGCGUGGCUGCUAACGUGCUUCAUUUAAGCCUCUGGGGUGAAGAUACUCUGGCCCUGAAGAACCUGAAACUAGACAAGAUGGUCGGCUGGCUCCUCCAGCAGUCAGCUGCCACUCUGUUGGCCAACAGGCUCACAGAGAAGAACUGCGUGGAGACAAAAAUGAAGAUGUUAUUUCUGGCCAACCUGGAGUAUGAGGCGCUGAGCCAGGCAGCCCUCCUCCUCUACGCCUGGAGGGCAGCCCCGUGCCAGCCGAUGUAGCUGGUGAAUCACUAAAGGCACCUGCUGUAUCUGUGUCGUGAUGGUCUGUGAAUGCUGCAGGAGGGGGCUCCUGGGUGAGAGGGUGGGGAGUCAGGAGGAAAGACAGUGCGAGGGGGCCGGUCGGCCGAAGAGAAGGCUUCGGGUUUGGCAAGUGGAAGGAUCAGCUUGAGUUCACGGUCUGUAGCUACUAACCGUACUUGGGUGAUUCUGAUGCAUCAUAUAACCUGUGUGGACAGAGGCUCUCUUGGGAGAACCAAGAACCUGGCCUAGAUAGGAGUUGGCACACUUUCUCUAUAGAAGGCCAGUACUCAGGCUGUCGCAGGUACUCAGCUGUCACUGUAGCACAAAAGCAGCCUUACGUUGUCAACAAAUCAGGAUGACAGCCUUCCAACAAAGCUUUAUUUAUGGACACUGCAAUUUGGAUUUCCAGUGUCAUGAAAUCUUUUCAUUUUCAACCACUUCAAAAUAUAAAAACCAUUUUUAGAUAGGGUGCUGCCUGUUUUCAGUAGGCCUGCAAGACUGGCCCCCUAGUUUGCCAACCCCUCCUCUAGAUGGAGUCAGAGGGUCUAACUCUUAAAAAGAAAUGCUGAUAAUCACUAGGCCCCUUGGGUGUCAGCGCUGAAGAACGUGAUUAGGUCUCUGCAUACAGAUCCAAAGGAGUGAGUCCUGGGCACCAGGAGAAAAGACAGCCAGUGUUGACUGCUGACCAAAAGUCCCAGCUUCAGCUUGUGUCCUGUCUUCACAGACCUGCAAUUAGUAGCCCAGCAGGUCUGUGAGGUGAGCCGAGGGUCAGACCUGUGUCCCACAUCAGAGGACCCGACCAGGGCAGUGGCUGGGUGGCCAAGUGUGACUGUGACGUUUGUCUCUAGCUCCAGGACUACGGCUCAUGUGACAGAGGCAACCGGGACAUCAGUCUGCACGUUACCUGAGCUGAGGCAAACAUUUUCUCGGGUCGGGACAUUCAGGUAUCAGAAUGGAAAACGCUUAAUGAGGCCUGGGGUGGGGGCGGAGCCUCUGCACCUCAGUCCUGCCUUCUGGAACAGCUCUGGCUGUUUCUGAGGAAGCAUUUCCAAGAAGCUCCUCCAGCUACUGAACGGAGUCUAGCAGAGCUAAAGGGGCUGAGGAGAUGGGAACCAACAGUGUUCUGAACGUGCUGAUUUCCUCCUUUCGGCUAGCGUUUCUUAUAGGAGUCGUGGAGAAUUAAAUGCAUACUUACCACUACAGCAUA